UCUGAGACAGGGCCAGACUGAAGCGCUCUGGUGCUUUCAUUGUGGCGUUAAAGUUUGAGGUGCCGGCAUCGGAGAGAUGCCAGUCAGUCCCAGAGUUUGCUGCGGCGGCGUGCAGAAAUGCGCAGCCCAGCAGCGGCUGGGGGCGCGGGGCACGCGGGUCGGAUCCGACCCAGUGCGAACUCCGCUGAGGCGGCGGGGCGGGGCGGGGCGUUCCCGGUGGCACCUUGCUGACCGUUCUGCCUUACCCACGUUUGUAUUGUCCCUUUGGUGUGAUGGGGAAAGUGAACCUUAGGGGCGCUAAUCUGUGCUCAGGUAAACUGUUGGUGGGAAGAGGUUUGCAGCAGUCCACGUAAGUUUUAACUUCAAUGGUUUCAAGGCCAAGAAGGCACAUGAACUUAAGUUUACUACCUAGGAGCGUCAGAGCACUCCACUGUGCUGGAAGCUGAGGUAGUGGAAUCCGAAAUCGGCUCCUAAAGGGGGGAAGAAUAAUGCACAGUAGUGUACAAUUGUUGGCUCCUCAAGACAAAACUGUCAAGUAUGCGUGGUUACUUAUAUUUGUAAUACCAGUACUCAGGAGGCUGAGGCAGGACGCUCACCCCAAAUUGGAGGGCAGCCUGGCCUACAGAGUGAGACCUCAGAAACAAGCAAAGGUAAAAAAUAAUGGAGGUUUUGGAGAAAAGAAGUAUAUUCAGUAAGAGAUUUGUAGACAAGUUGACAUUUGUUUUGGACCAGGAAAUGUAGCCAGAAUUUGGACAAAUACGACAAGCAAUGGCAUGCCAAACUCUGGUGGCGGCACAAAGUCAUGGUGAAGGGAAGUGCCGAGUCAACAGGAAACCUAAGGGGAGAGGGGUGUGAGAAGCUAGGUUAAACAAACACCUUUCAUCCUAGCACUUGGGGUGCAGAGGGAGGAGGAUCUCCUUGAGUUUGAGGCCAGCCUCGUCUGCAGAGUGAGUUCCAGGACAACAAAGGCUACACAGAGAAACCCUGUCUUGAAAAACAACAACAACAAAAAAACCAUCUGAAUGUUGGAGGCAGGAUCCUUCCCCACAGAGCUCGGAAGAUGCCGGAGCGUUAAGGAGUUUGAGAAGCUGAACCGAAUUGGCGAGGGCACCUAUGGCAUUGUGUAUCGGGCCAGGGAUACCCAGACAGAUGAAAUUGUUGCCCUGAAGAAGGUGCGGAUGGACAAAGAAAAAGAUGGCAUUCCCAUCAGCAGCCUUCGUGAGAUCACAUUACUUUUGCGUCUCCGCCAUCCAAACAUUGUGGAGCUGAAGGAGGUGGUUGUGGGCAACCACUUGGAGAGCAUCUUCCUGGUGAUGGGUUACUGUGAACAAGAUCUGGCCAGCCUAUUGGAAAAUAUGCCAACACCCUUCUCUGAGGCCCAGGUUAAAUGCAUCAUGCUACAGGUGCUUCGUGGCCUUCAGUACCUGCACAGGAACUUCAUCAUCCACAGGGACCUAAAGGUGUCCAACUUGCUCAUGACUGAUAAGGGCUGUGUAAAGACAGCCGAUUUUGGCCUGGCUCGGGCCUAUGGUGUUCCAGUAAAGCCAAUGACUCCCAAGGUUGUUACCCUCUGGUACCGAGCCCCAGAGCUGCUGCUUGGAACUACUACCCAGACUACCAGCAUUGACAUGUGGGCUGUUGGCUGCAUCCUGGCAGAGCUGCUGGCCCAUAAGCCCCUUCUCCCUGGCACUUCGGAGAUCCACCAGAUCGAUUUGAUUGUACAGCUGCUGGGGACACCGAGUGAGAAUAUCUGGCCGGGUUUCUCCAAGCUGCCACUGGCCGGCCAAUACAGCUUGAGGAAACAGCCCUACAACAAUCUCAAGCACAAAUUCCCGUGGCUCUCAGAGGCCGGACUUCGUCUGCUCAAUUUCCUCUUCAUGUAUGACCCUAAGAAAAGGGCAACCGCGGGGGACUGUCUAGAGAGCUCCUACUUCAAAGAGAAACCCCUACCCUGUGAGCCGGAACUCAUGCCCACCUUCCCCCACCACCGAAAUAAGCGUGCUGCCCCAGCUGCCACUGAGGGGCAGAACAAACGAUGCAAGCCCUGAUGGUGGGUCUAGCCCAUUCCUACACAUCCUCAUGGAUCUUCAGUCGGCAGACCAGGAGGGCCCUCCAGGCCAAGAUGCCUUUGGCCCCUCUGGCUAAUGUUCUUCUCUUCAGCUGACUCCUGCCUGUUAUCCUCUGUGCCCAGAUGCAAGUAGAUUAUGGACAGGGAUGUUGCUGAGUGGGGAUACCCAGCAUAGACUGGGCUGUUGUAGCACCAUCUGGUGGCCUAUUACUCUUGGCAGCCUUGUCUGUCAGUGAAGCCAUGCUUCUGGGUAGGCAGCGCUAGUGCUAAGAGACCUAAAGUUCCAAAUCACUCUAGUGUUGGAACUGGAGCUAGGCAUUAGCCUGGGAUGAGCAGGCCCAGGAGACCAUACUGUUGCUUGGUCACUAGGAGCUGCCCAGGACAGACAGGCUGUGGUGACCCUGGGCAGGGAUAGUGGGGCUUCAGGUGGGAAGGAGGGAGUAUUGGUUGGGGCCACGAUAGAAUGCUUGAAGACUGUCAGAAUGAGAGCCCUUGCUGGAUGUGGCUGGCACUGAUGCCCAGGGAGAGAAUUGGUGGGCUCCUUUUCCAGGGGUGCAGAGAUAAAAAGCCUUUCCAAUA